AUGUCUCAAGUGAUUUUCACGGCAAUUUUCGUCCUCUACUUCCUAUCACUCACAGGUUUGACAUUUUAUUACUUUGUUUUAAAAAAGGAAGACGAGUCAAAGUGAGAAGUAAACUUAACACUAAUUAAUGUCUCUGCAGACCUUGCUUUUUCGGACAUUUGGCGUCACUGGCAGUGAUGACAUUCUUGAUAAUUUCAGGUGCAAGUUUUCCGGGUGCCGAACCUGCGAUUCAGGUACCCCGACGGAGCGCGUCUUUGUACUGGGUAAAUCGUGCUCAGCCAAACAAAUUCAAGAAAUACCGCACCUUCAGUGAGUUUUUUUGUACUUGAGUAAAAAAUGAUCACUAGGCUAGGCUAGUUGUUUAUUUGUCCGAUUGAUACCUUAAAAAAAGUCUACAGAAAACAAGGUUAGCAAGAGGUUUCUGAUUUCUUUAAAUUGAAACUUAAUGAGAUCCUGAGAAAAUUUUUAUUCAAUUGAAGCAAGAAGAAGGCAUUUUCAAUCAUCUGAAAGGAAAUAUUUUUUCAUUAGGAUUCUAACUCCACUCAAAAUGGUUUUCUCCGAAAAUUUUUGAGAAAUUCAUGUCUCACUUCCGUUUCAACUUUUUUCCAGGCGACUUUUAUGCUUAAGGACUUUUUUCCAUACAAUCAUGAGAAGUGAAAAGUGAAAUCAUUCUUUUCAGAGUAAUUUUUUUCCUAAGCCUUUAUGAUCAUUCAGAUCAUUCCUUCCAAGUUUCCACAAUCAGAAAGUCUUUGGAAAAACAUGUAAGAAACUCUCAAAAAUAAAAAAAUCGAAGUUUUUCGGGAUUCGACAUUUCAAAAAUGAUCCAAAUCAUCUCAAAAACAUGAUCAUUUCAAAAAAACAAUUUUAUACUUAGUAGGGAAAUAGUUUUAUAAAUUAUACUUUUUUUCAUUUUUUUCGAUACUGAAAUCCAUGUUGAAUGAUUUUUUUACUAUAAUAUUUUUUUGUUUUUUUCAAAAAAAGUUUUGAAUUUUGUGAACCUUGAAUAAUUUCAGCCACGGAGUUUUUUUUCAAUGUUUUUGAAAUACUAUAAAUGCAUGUUUUAAAAAUUUGCAAUUUCGCCAAAUUCUUUUUUUUCAUAGUUCAAAUUUUUAGUCAACUCCUUAAUUUUGAGUAAACUUAGUUUAGAAAGCUUUUUUCAGAGUCAAAGAUUUAACAGUUUUUAAAAAAUCCAUGUGGUCAAACCAGGUGUAUUCAACCAACUCUGAAGUGAAAGUACCGUCUCUUUUCUUAUGUUUUCCAAUCAUUUCUUAAUCAUUUUGCCAAAGGUCCCAUUUCAUGAAAAGCCUAGUGACUGAAUUCCCGAAACCACUAAAAAUGCUCAAAUAAUCAGUUCCAGAUGCACUGCAAUCAAUGGGUCUCGAUAAAAAGAAGCGUUUCAGCGAAAAUAUCCACCAGAUGCUGAAGAAAUUACUUAAUCAAUAA